AUGGAGCGUGAAUGGGGCAGGAGGCGGCGGAGGGAAAGGGAGGAAGCCGAUGCCCUGGAAAGAGCCAUAAGUAAACGACGGUGGAUCUACGAGCACGAUCUCUAUGCCAAACAUGUUGCCUCCAACCCUUACACACGCUACCGUCCCCAUCCUACUCCCGCCCAAUUCUCUGCCUCUGCAGACCUACAGAGUCGUGCGGCCAUUUUUGUGCGGAGGGAGCUAAGAGUCUGGCCCAGUCUGGAUGUAGAGUUCCUCACAACGUUCAUCUUGUCAUUGAUGAAAUCCAUCGAUAUACGCUCCGAAUCCGCUAUCAAACUCUUGGCCGAAUUUCUUGACAUGGACCAGCCAUACGUCCAGGGUGGCCGCUACAAAAAUGCUGAACACUUCGCCCAUGAGGUUUACUCAUAUCUACGCUCUCCUUACCGCGAUCUCUCAGUAUACGACUCCGUGGUGCAGUAUGAUACGCCAGAAGACAUCCCUCAACCUCCACAUGAAGACCCGCCCCGUAGCAGCCGCUGGCGUCCCUCCGUCUCCAGAUCCCCGUCCCCACAGCCUGGCCCAUUCACGCGUCGUGAAUCCCGUCGCGGACAGUCCGAAUAUGUCAGUGAGUCGCCUCAUGAUGGGUCGGCGUCCAGGUCUUCGGCAGGAAGAAAGCGGUCGUACGGGGAACGCUCCAGCGAUGUAGUGAAUCAGUCGACCGGCCGUGCACGGCGUAACAGGGAUGUACAGCGCGGAAGGCCAAGCGAGAAUCCGACGCGGAGUGAUACUCCUCAGCCGAGGCCUCAAGAUCGCAAGGAAGACCACGGGACCCAAUCAAUAAAUCGGGAUGACGUUGUUAUGGUGGGAGCAGUAGCUGGCAGGGACAAGGGAAAAGCCAAGGCCAAUACGGUGGAUAUCAUCGACAUCACUGAAAGUGAUAAGGAGGGAGAUCUGCGCUAUAAUUCGACGGUCGAGGCGGCCGCUCCUGCCAAUGGAACAGCGUUGCGGGGAGGACCUGAGGCAGCGGCUGAUACUCCGGCAAGCUCCACGCUACCUUCGCACCCAGCGGUGACAGGCACACAAUCAACCGACCAACCCAGCGGAACAGAGGAUCAUGGGGUCAGCGGGUCUCCUGCGCGGAUCGACGGUGGCCCAAAUCCUCCACGACGCGUUCGGCCGCGGUUGAACCUUCGGGACUCUGUGCACGCUCAUCUCAACGGGCGAACCCGUCGACCGGGAGACGCCGCUCAGAUUCAGUCGGCGGAUCUGGCGGAACUCCCGUCCAUGGGAACCUCUUCUGCUCAGGGCCGCCUGGCUGCGGCUGCUCCUUCUCUGUUGGCUCGAAUUACGGAAUCGAAAUCAAGUUCGUCGUCCGGAAAUAUACAGGCUGAUAAAGCUCCCGGUAAGGCGGAUAACGACCAGGGUGCAGGUCAAGUUCAGGAAGAGGCUCGUUCCGUGGCGAGUGGCAAGGUUGACGGCUCUGACCCGCUCCAGGAGUUUGUGAAUCCGUCGACAUCAGCGAGUCCGAGGGACGUGGCAAGUCUGCGGCAACGACUGCAGGAGAAACUAGAAGAAGAGAAAAGGCGCCACCAGCCCGGACAUGAGGUCGGGAAGUCGGAGCUUGUGGCUGCCACGCGUGCUUCCUCUGAAAGCGGGGACAUUGGGAACGUGGAUACUCUUGCAGCGGAAGGCAAAUUACGCAUGCAAGCUCGAUUGCGCGCACGUCUUGCAAUGGCGAAGAAAGGCAUGGCCGAGGGUCAAUGCUGA